ACCACACACCAUUGAAGAGGGGGGAGGGGGUUAAUUUAGGUAGGGCGCCCGCGCUACCACAGAGAAGACAAUCCCGCCCAGAGGCUUUCGAAGAAGAAAAGGAUUUAACCCCCCUAUAACUACCUGGGCAUUAUCUGUCUCUCGCUCCCGAUAUUAGUUCCAUUUUCAACUAUCGACUUUGGCAUUUUGAUCUAUUCAUAUCAAAAUUAAGAAGACCCUAUCGAGGCUACGUCAAUAUCAGCAACACUAUUCAUAGCCGGCGUGAUCCAUUACAUUCCUAUAUAACCUAGCUAGUCUUUGCUAGUACCCGCAAGCGACAGAAGCCCCUAGGUAUAAGGCCCGCCGGUGCCGGUCCAUCUACUAGGCUACGGUAGUCAGUGUACGCUCUAGCGAACAUGGGAUCGUCCAAUGACGCGAAUCUUGCCAGGUUAAGGGAUAAUCAGAGGAAGUCCCGCGCCCGGCGCAAAGAAUACGUGAAUAGUAUCGAAAGACAGCUUAGAGAUUACCAUCGUCGGGGGGUUGAGAGCACUGCCGAGAUCCAGCGAGCAGCUCGGAGAGUUGCCGAAGAAAACAAAAAGAUGCGGGCGCUCCUCAACAGGAUAGGCUUUGACGACGGAAGCAUUUCUUGUUUCCUUCAAACCGGCAGUCUCGAUCCCGCCGGGAUUACAACUCCGAAUCCUACCUGCGAUCGAGACAACAAUAAUGAGCUCCUAGAGUAGCUUCUAGUAGCUCGCUACCCAACUACUUCCACGCCCGAGUUCCAUGCAACUCCAUCUAUACAAAGCGCUGUUGUCUGUAACAGUAGAUCUGGCUUUAUCACAGCCUCUGACAAAUAAAGCAGACUGAAUCAGAAACUAUAGUAGCGGCUCUCGAGGAGCAUAUUCAACUCCACAACUCGGUAGCACUGGAGCCCAGUACCUUCAAGUCAGAGGCACAGACAUAUUUGGAAUAUUCGACAUCCGAUACUCCAAGAUAUUACCUUGACUCAAUUUCUGAAAAUACUUAUCCUAUCCAGAACGUUCGGUGUGGCGCCGACCCGAGUUGCGGAGACAUCAUGUAUCCUGACGACUACGCGAACAUGGGACAGGAGCUGCGGGAGUAUGCCAUUGGAGAUUCGUACUCAGGGUUACCUUCUACGCCUGGAGGAAAUAAUUAUUCCCUUUCGGUGGCUGAGGAUGUAUUUUCGCCUUCCCUACAUGGAGAUAGCAAGGUAUUCAAUAGUGUCUCUGCCUGUCGGCGUAGCGGGCGCAGCGGUAACGUCGCCUUCUUUCAGUAUAGGCUACCAUUGUCCCUAGUAGAAUAAUAAAUUACUUAUCACACUGUUUUAAAUGUCAGAUUUAACAAAGUAAGAGGUCCUUUAUAGAAUUCGAAACAACUGGC